AUGCCCCCGCUGCCCCCGACCACGCAGACCCUAACCACGCGCCUCACUACCCUGUCCGAUUCGAACAAGGCCGUUCAGCAGCUUAUCCAGCGGCUCGCCAAACUCGAUUUCCAACCCGGGAGCCAACCACUCAGCGCCGAAGAGGGGGACAUUCGGUUGGAACUCAGUGCUGAGAUCCAUGAGAGCUUGAAGGGGGUCGAAGAGGACCUUGAACUUCUCAGGCAGGAAGUUGAAGACUUUGUGGGAACGGGAAGUUCUGGCAGGAGGAGAGACAGUGUCAGGGACGGAGAGCGAAGCAGACUUGCUGUGCUACUCGCGAGGUUGACGGAGGACCUGAGAUCCUCUCGUGCACAGUACCGCAAGGCGCAAUUGACCGCCAAACACAACGCCGACCGCGCCAAGCUCAAAGAACGCGAACUCCUCUUCUCGAACCUCCAAUCCGGCACCGGCUCGUCGACUCCCUCCUCCACCCACCGUCGGCGCGGCAACGGCCUCAACGAAUCCGAAAUUGUCACGCAAGCCUCCUCGGACGUGACGGCCGCCCUCAGACGCACCCACCAGUUGAUGCAAAGCGAGCUCUCGCGCUCCCGCUUCGCCCAAGAAACACUCGAACAGUCCACCGCCGCCCUCGCAGACCUUGGCGAGAAGUACUCCGACCUCAACACCCUCCUCGCCAACAGCAAAACCCUCGUCACAACCCUCCUCAAGAGCCAGAAGAGUGAUACCUGGUAUCUCGAAACCACCUUCUACAUCCUCAUCACAACCGUCAUCUGGCUCGUCUUCCGACGGUGGUUGUACGGCCCCAUAUCGUGGUUCAUACUAUUGCCUCUGAAGAUCCUCUUCCGCAUCGUCUUCGCGGUUAUUCCCGUUUCAGCAGCGACGUCCAGUGUCUCGGCGAACCCCUCAACGAGCCUUAUCGUCAAGCCUAGUGCAACAGGCGGUAUUCCCCCGCGCCAACCCGGACAGAACUACGUGCGCGUCGGCGGCGGCGGACGCGGCUACGCAGGCAAUCCGCCCGACCCGAGUCCCCCUUCUUCCCUCUCACACUCCGUAGGCAAGAUGGCAGAACAAUCACAAAAACAGCAGGGUGCCCAGGACGUCCCCGACCACCCACAGCUCCGCAAGCACAACAACCCCGCCCUAGAAGAGGAAGACGAAGGCCCUGUGGUGAGAGGCGACGGCACGGUAUUGCCUGCGCGCGGCGAGGACAAGCCUAGGAAUCCGAAGAAGAAGAUGUGGGAGGAGAGUGUGGAAAAUAAAGCGUUUGAGGAGAGGCAGAAGGAAGCGGAGAGGGAGAUUUUGGGGAGUCAGGAUGAGGCUGAGAAGGAGGGCGAGAGGAAGAGGGAUGAGUUGUAG